AUGUCUUCGACGCCCACGGCUCUCUUCCCAAAGCAAGACGGGUAUAUUCAACGCCUCAUCGAUGUCUUCGACGCCCACGGCUCUCUUCCCAAAGCAACAUCUAGUACAGCACACCGCCCUAGCUCUCUCACAGGCUCCGAUUUCAAGGACAAUUUCGUAGCCUACAUACUUGGCGCUUUGAGUUUCGCCGCUAACAUGACGCGAGUCGACAUCGCGUGAGC